ACACUACAAAACUUUUCCACUGUCCAGCAUUGUUCAUGACAACGCAAGAUGCCGCCAGAAACUGACGGCCCCGGCCCAGAGGCCAAGGCUCAGCCAGAUGCAUCAUCCACCAAUAAACGCCUUUCCCAAACGCCGUCUGCGCCGGCAAACAAUCUAUACACCAUUGAGCCCGUGCCCGGCAAAGGUCUCGGCGUAGUCGCAGCGCAGCGCAUCCCGCGCGGGACACGCAUCAUGGAAGACACGCCGCUCUUUAUAGUGCCUGUCGCUGUGACCAAUUUAGCAGUUAUGAAGCAGAUCAUCGCAGCGGGCCUCAAGAACGCGACCAAGGACCAGCAGCGCGAGUUCCUCGCACUGCCCAACGCGCACCCGCAGAACGGGCCGUUGGUCGGUACCGCCAGCACCAACAUGCACCCCAUGGGCGGCGCGUCAGCUAGCGAGGCGGGCAUGUUUUUGCUCGCGUGCCGCAUGAAUCACUCGUGCGACCACAAUGCGCAGAACACGUGGAAUACGCGACGGAAGCGCAUGACGGUGCAUGCGUGCCGGGAUAUUGAGAAGGGGGAGGAGGUCAACCUGCGGUACCUAUCCGGUGUGCUGGGGUACGAGGAGAGGCAGCAGACUCUGAAGUCCUUCUUUGGGUUCAAGUGCAAGUGCGAACGGUGCUCCGAGUCCGAGGAGAUGCGGGCCGAGAGCGAUCGGCGACGCGAGGAGAUCAAUCGGCUGGAUGAGCGGGUUAAUGAUGGGAGGCGCAUUGUACAGGAACCUGUCGAGGCACUGCAUGAUGUGUACAAGAAGCUGGAAAUUAUGAAGGAGGAGAGGAUCUCGGAUGGGUUUGUCGCGCGGACGUACCACGACGGUUUCCAGAUCGCCGUAGCUAAUGGCGAUUUGGCACGCGCGAAGGUGUUUGCUCAGCGCUACUAUAACGAGACGAUUACCUGCUUUGGGAAGGAUAACCCGGAGGCGGAUACUUCCAUGGCUCUGGUUAAGAACCCGGAGAAGCAUGGGCUCUACAACAAGAAUGGAAAGUGGAAGCAGGGCGUGGACAAGAUACCCAAAGACUGGAGCGAGGAAAAGUUCGAGGAGUGGCUGUGGAAAUUACCUAAGGGAGGACUCAAGGCAUGAACUAUAACGACUCACAGAGCAUGGGGAACGGCAAGGGAUGGAUCGGGUUAGUGUUAUCUUUGGCCACCUGGAUGCCUUGGACAAAGCAGUGUUUUCUAUUACAUGAAGCUAACAUCAGCAAGGUUGCUUUAGCCCAGGGCAGUGACAUCUGGUGGUCCAAAGUGACCGUCGGUUAGACCAGGAAGGGCUAUCUCCAGACGAAGUGAAGCACCGCCAUAUGCAGAAGUACACACUUGUUCCUACUCGACGAAACAUAUCUAAAUUUACUGGAUUCACCUUCU